GGACCCCCGGAGCCGCCCCCGAGCCCCCCCGGAACCCCGCCGGGACCCCCCGAGCCGCCGAGCCGCCCAGAUUUUGCGGACUGAAUCCGGAGCAGCUUCGGGACCCACCGAGACCCCCAAAGGAGCAGCCACCCCGGGAGCCCCCAUGGAGCAGGACGAGCCAGACGUGGUGGAGCUGCAGGACUCGGACGAGGGGGACGUGGUCCGGAGGGUCUUCAUUGCCGACGACGGCAUCGUGAGCGACGGCGAGGCCGAGGUGCUGCCGCAUGAGAUCAUCCGCACGGUGAUCCCGCACAGCCCCCUGCGGCCCCCCGCGCCCCGCGGCACCCCCGGCCCGGCCCCGGGGGGCUCCGAGGAGGGCGGGGGACGGCGGGGCGGCGGCCGCCAGCGCCCCUUCAUCUGCAACGAGUGCGGCAAGAGCUUCAGCCACUGGUCCAAGCUGCUGCGGCACCAGCGCACGCACACGGGCGAGCGGCCCAGCACCUGCGGCGAGUGCGGCAAGAGCUUCUCGCAGAACUCGCACCUGGUGCAGCACCGCCGCACCCACACCGGCGAGAAGCCCUACAGGUGCGGCCACUGCGGCAAGAGCUUCUCCUGGAGCUCCAACCUCAUCCAGCACCAGCGCAUCCACACCGGCGAGCGCCCGUACGGCUGCGCCGAGUGCGGCAAGAGCUUCACGCAGAGCAAGAACCUCAUCAAGCACCAGCGCACCCACGCCGGGCCCGGGGCGGCGCGGCCGCGGCGCUGCGCCCACCCUGCCGGCACCCCCAGGGCGCUGAAGGGGCCGCGGGCGGGGGGCGAGGCCGAGGGGCCCGAGGGCGGCGAGGGCGGCCACGGGCAGGAGCCGCUGAUCUGCGUGGAGUGCGGGGAGAGCUUCGCCCGGAGCGCCGCGCUCAGGAGGCACCGCCGGGGGCACCGCCCGCUCUUCGUGCCCUGAGGGGACAGCGUGGGGACAGUGGCACGGCCAUGGGGACAAUGGCAUGGCCCACGGGGACAGUGGCACCGCCCGCUCUUCGUGCCCUGAGGGGACAGUGUGGGGACAGUGGCACGGCCUGCUCUUCGUGCCCUGAGGGGACAGCGUGGGGACAGUGGCACGGUGUGGGGACAGUGGCACGGCCGUGGGGAUGAUGGCACCGCCCGCUCUUUGUGCCCUGAAGGGACAGCGUGGGGACAGCGGCACCGCCCGCUCUUCGUGCUCUGAGGACCAUGUGGGGACGGUGGCACAGCCAUGGGACAGUGGUACCACCUGCUCUUCGUGCCCUGAGGGGACAGCGUGGGGACAGUGGCACAGCUGUGGGGACAAUGGCAUGGCCCAUGGGGACAGUGGCACCACCUGCUUUUCAUGCCCUGAGGGGACAAUGUGGGGACAGUGGUACCACCUGCUCUUUGUGCUCUGAGGGGACAUUGGGACAGUGGCAUGGUGUGGGGACAAUGGCACUGCCUGCUCUUUGUGCCCUGACGGGACAAUGUGGGGACAGUGGCACCGUCUGUGGGGACAGUGGCAUCGCCCAUGGGGACAGUGGCACCGACUGCUCUUCAUGCUCUGAGGGGACGAUGUGGGGACAAUGGCACCGCAGCGUAGUGACACAAGGACAGUUGGACAAUGCUCUGGCAGCCUCUGCUCUUGGUGCCCUGUGGGGACACGGUGCCACCACGCCAGGGGACAUGGGGAGUGUUUAACGGGCAGGACAGAGCUGGGGUCACACAAGCUGUGCCACAGGUGAGGGGACGGGGUGACACCAAGCUGGGAGACAGUGGGGGGGCACCAGGACAUGGACAGGACAGAGUGACACAGAGCUGAUGUCCCCAAGUUCACCCCGUGUCACCCUCGGUGCCCCUCACUGUCCCCCUGUGUCUGUGCCACAUCCCAGAGGUGUAAAUAGGGGAAAAGGCGGGGGGGGACACGAGGGUGGGACC